AUUGUCUAAUUCCGUCCCAUUUACAUCGUAUAGGUGUAAAUGCAGAUUCCUUAUGAUCUUCCUUUGCCAACAUUUUCUUCAACUCAACAGUCGGGGUAUGGGAUUUCCCAGGCUCGCCUUAUAGCGAUCCUCGUCUGUGUGUCAUCAUCUAUAUAAACGUUUAACCGUAGGUAGUUAAUUCUACCAUCCGGCCGGAUAGCCCUGGCAGCUGUGGCCAUUAAACUAAUAUACUACUACUACUAUAACCUUAGAAAAAAUCUUAAGUUAAAAUUGUAAACAACUCCAUAACUCCAUGUAUGAAAAUGUCUACAUUAUCUUCCAAACAUGCGAAAAAGAAAGAAAAUACGUAUUUUCUUCAGUCGUGUUCAAAAGUGGUGCUACUACUUUGUCUCGCAGCAUUUUUGAGAUAUUUAGUAAUGUCAUCAAAGUAUCAAACAAUAAUCGCGAAUCACUUUGAGAUUUCUACACCCAUUUGUUCUUGGAAAAGAGUCCAAGAAGGAUUGUUUUUGUUGUCAAGAAACAUAGAUCCUUAUGAUGGUGAUUUACUACAUGAGACACCCACUGCAUUGAUAUUCUAUAAAAUAAUGUCACAGAAUGUUUUUCGAGAUGUGAGUUUGAUGUUUAUAUUCUUUGAUAUUGGAACAGCACUGUUACUUUAUGCCGCUACAAGACAUUAUGCGAAGCAGUUUCAUCAAGAACAUAGAGAUCGAACUAAAUAUCCUAAGGAUGUACAUGAAUAUUUACCUAGUGAAGGAUAUUAUGAAAAAGUACCUUUGUAUGUCUUGGUGGCUUUUUUAUUUAAUCCUUACACAUUCUUGGGAUGUGUUGGUUAUUCAACAGCUGGCAUACAUAAUUUUUUCCUUGCCUUAUUUGUGUUUGGAAUGGUUUAUGGUAGUCCCAUUGUCAGUUCUUUGGCAUUGGCAAUAUGCUCAUCUGUCUCAUUUUAUCCUUUGAUAUUGCUUUCACCUUUAUAUAUUUAUUAUAGUCAGGUAUAUAAAAGUAAAACCAAAGCAUUGUUAGUAGUAUUAUAUUUUCUUACAUACGUAUAUUUAAUUACCUUUUAUAAUAAUAGUUUAAGCAAGAGUUUCAAGUUUAUAAAUAAUGUCUAUGGUUCAAUAUGGACAGUGCCCGAUUUACAACCAAAUAUAGGUUUGUUUUGGUAUUUCUUUACUGAAGUGUUUGAUCAUUUCAGAGAGCUGUUUAUACAUUCCUUUCAAAUAAAUGCUACAAUACUCUAUUUAGUUCCACUGUCAAUUAAAUUUAGUAAUAGACCCUUUAUAUUAACUAUUGCCUUGCUUUUUCUUAUAACAAUAUUUAAGUCAUACCCUUGUCUGAGUGAUUUGGGUUUUGUCCUAAGUUUUUUACCAAAUUUCCUGCACUUAUAUGCAUUUUGUCAGCAAGGUGUUAUUGUUGGAGUGAUUUUAUUCAUGACAAGUUGCUUGGCACCCACUUUGUGGCAUUUAUGGAUAUACAGUGCAUCAGCAAAUGCAAAUUUUUAUUUUGGAGUUACUUUAGCCUAUGCUAUCGCGCAAAUAUUCUUAGUAACAGACAUUUUAUUUGCACAAACCAAGUGGGAAUUUACGUUGAAACAUGGAAGAGAAGCUAAGAUUGAUGGUGAAGAUGCAGAUUUAAGUUUGGAAUAAGCCUACUUUUAAGAAUUGUCAGUAUUGUUAAAUAAACAUUUUUUUAAAGUUA